AUGGCCCCCAUUAUUCUCAUUGUUAUGGCCUUAAAAUAUCGUGGAGAGCAAGUACUAGGUGGUAUCUAUACUGGGAUUAAUACAAAGCAGAUAUUCAUGACGAGUAAAAUGGUAGAAGAGUACAGUGGGCUUAAGCUGCAGCCACAUAAGGCCAUUGUUGGAGCUAAUGCAUUUUCUCAUGAGAGUGGCAUCCAUCAGGAUGGAGUGUUAAAGAACAGAGAUACAUAUGAGUUUGUAUCUCUUGAAGAUGUUGGGUAUCGUCGUGCUAAUAAAUACAGUAUUAGUCUGGGAAAACUCAGUGGUCGCCAUGCGUUGAAAGCCAAAAUGGUUGAGCUUGGAUAUGACUUUGACGGCAAAGAACUUGAUGACCUCUUUCAUCGAUUCAAGUCACUGGCUGAGAGGAAAAAGAAAAUUACAAAUGAUGACUUCAGAGCACUUGUAUCAGAUGAAGUUUUCCAGCCUCAAGUUUCCUGGCAACUUGGAGAUGUACAGAUUACUUGUGGAAGUGUUGGCCUCUCUACAGCAAAUGUUAAGCUUAUUGACAGUGAUGGUCAAGAGCACACUGCCUCUUCUGGUGGAACAGGACCUGUUGAUGCAGCUUACAAGGCAGUUGACCUCGUUGUUAAGGUAUUUAAUGAAACUGAAAACUCUCAUAAUGUUUGUAUCUUGUCACACUAG